AUGAAAUUGAAUUUCAGGGUUUUAGAUGGCUCUAAAAGUGGGAUUACUGUAAAUCGUAGUACUCCAAGGCAUAAAUUAUCAACGAUUUUCAAUAAUGAAAAAUGUAUUUUAAGUAUAGACAAUAAACCUACAAACUUUAUGCAAAAAUCCGAAAACAAUGAUUAUUCAACAUUAGAGUCAACUGUUCAAGAAACAAUUGACACGCUCCAUUUACAACUUAAAUCAUUAAAAAUCUCUGAUUUAACUAUUUUAAAAGAUAAAUUAGAAUAA